GACUCGCGGAGCCUCCACGCUCCCGGGAGAAGCGAACGCAGCCAGUCGUUCAUGGGGCUCGAUGAGGACCAUGGGUAAAUUCUCACAGCGAUCCCCAGGACAUCUCUUCCGUGCAAAGAUGUAUCUAACGUCUUCCGGACUAGAAUUCUGACCUGGUCCUCGUGCUGAACCUAAAACUAGCGUCUAUAAAGACGAGGGGGUCGAAGAGAGGGCACGAUAGCCCCUCACAGCAGUCCCUCACCCAUCUUCAUCCUACUACUGCUUUGAGACAUGAGCAUCACUGACAUCUGGGACCCAGUCAAGAUCGCCGGGAUCCGGGAGAUCAUCAAGACCCGCCAACAAGAUGGCUGGGACGAGGCUUGGCAGAAGGACGUGACGCCCUGGGAUGCCGGUCAACUGCAACCGCCUCUCAAAGAGUUGAUCGAAUCGAAGCGCCUCCCCCUUCCAACCACGGGUCGUGCUCUCGUCCCGGGAUGCGGCAAAGGCUAUGAUGCCAUUUGUAUCGCUGAGGGCCUCGGGAUCGAGACAAUCGGAACAGAUAUCUCGGAGACCGCUCUCAAGCAGGCCGAGGAUUACACCCGCUCCACAGGCACGACUGCGAACGUGCGCUACGAGGUUGCGGACUUCUUUGCCAUGAAGGAGCAGUACGACCUCGUGUAUGACUACACCUUCUUCGUUGCGAUCCUGCCUUCCCGCCGCCCCGAAUGGGGCCGCAAGAUGGCGGAGAUCGUCAAGCCCGGGGGGUACCUCAUCUGUCUCGUCUUCCCUAUCCUUGACCCCACCGACACUGGCCCCCCCUUCUUCGUCCGGCCUGAGCAUUACGAUGAAGUGCUCGGCGACGGCUGGGAGAAGGUCUUGGACGAAGUGCCCAAGAUCAGUAUGGAGUCCCACGUCGGAAAGGAGCGCAUUGUCGUCCGCAGGAGGCUGUAACGAUGUCUGACGGCGUUGCACCAUGUCGCAGCAGCCGUUUACAUUUCUCGCUUCUAUACCGCUUCGGGAUUUCACUAGGGGCUCUGCUCCGAUCGUCGCUUCGCACCUAGCUUUACACCUGAACUCAACUUCGGGCGAUAGUUCCCGGCUCAACCCGGGCCCUUCGGGGGAGGGGGUUUACACAGCUAUCGGACAUUGCAUAC